GAAGAAAGAGAAUUGCAAAUACUAAUACGAAAACAAAAAAUGUAAUGGUAUAAAUAGUGCGAUUGUACUAUAUUUGAUGACUAUUGGUAAUUAAUUAAAAAGAAGUUUUCGUACAAUUGUGCGUAUUUCAUGUGAUGUCACCCAUUACUAUAUGGAUCAGUUUACACACACAAUGUGUAUUUUCAAAUUUUAACCUGAACAAUUACUUUGCAUAAAUGGCUGACUUUCGUAAAACUUUUUUUUUGUGAAUUGGAACGAAAAAUUUCUCUCCUGAUAAAAACACCAUUAAGAAGUUAAAGAAGUUUAAAAAAAGGCUAAAGAGCUUUUCAAGUUUCGUUUUAACAUUCAUACUUUACAUCUUUUUGCGGUGUUUGUAUUCUGUGACUCAGUGGUGGUUGGUAAUGAGUUUUGAAAUGAGUACUAUAUUCUUUGUAACACGCUAAUCCUUACUUUAGAUUUUUAUAGAGUAUAUAAAUUAGGAAAAAUGUUUGAAAUGAGGAACUGAAAAAGCAUAACAUGGCAGAAGAAAAGAACGAUGCAAGCGGUGCAAGACCCUUUCAACUUAGACCUUCCAUCUUAUCAUCGGGAACCAGUUUCGGAUCACAUGUUAAGAAUUCAGGUCCCAUCACUGACAAAGCUGCUGCAAAAGGUUUUAUGUUAAGACCCUCAGCAUUGAGUUCUGCAGCUGAUCAGAUCAAUAAAACAGAUGUCAGGAAGAGAAAUCUUGAAGAUGAAAAUGAAAAUAGCAUCAAAUGUGAGGAAGCAAAGAAAGCCAAGAUUGCCGAAGAAGCUCCCGAAUGUUCAACUGAAGGUAAGCUGACUGAGGAUAUUCAGAAACCAGUUGGUAUAGGUUCAUUUGGAUUUGCUGACAAACAGCAGAAUGCUUCACAAACAAACGGCAACCUAGAAGACACUAAGAACACUGUGAACUACUUUCAAAAAGGGUUGAAUACUAAGUCGGAAAAACUAGCAUUUGUUUUCGGAACUAACAGUGAAACUACCUCGUAUGGUUUCAAAUCGCUUAAGAAAGAAGGCGAUGAAGCCGAUACCACUUCGGAUUUAACCGCUACGAAUGAAGAUAUGAACAAUGUGAGUACAAACAAGGAGAAACUGCUGGAAAACGCAGACGAAUACGAGAAAAUGCAUAAUCAACGAAAACACUACGAAGAAGUGGAACAGUUUACAGGAGAAGAAGGAGAGCAACACGUGUUGCAAGUGGUGUGCAAGCUACAUUUGUUUGAUAAAGUAAAAAAGGUAUGGCUGGAAAAGGGUCGAGGUACAUUGAGGUUGAAUGAUAUAUGUCAAGCGGAAGGUAUUUUUCAGUCGAGACUUGUUUUCCGAACACAAGGUACGAAUCUUGUUCAGUUGAACACCAUGCUUUGGAUGGAUAUGUUUUGUGAGAUGGUGAAGGAUAGAGGUAUUCGUAUAACGGCUGUUGAUCCAGAAACACAAGAAGUUAAAGUCUAUCUUAUCUCGACUUCGUUGAAGGAUACGGUCCAAACAUUCACUGCAAUCGAUCGCCGCAUACAAGCGUUGAAACGAAACCAAGAUUAUACAAACUCGCAAAAGAGCGACGAUACGCCGAGUAGUAACGAGUCAAAGACGGCGCGUACCGACGACGAAGAUAGCAGCACCGAAAACGACAGGCUGGACGCUAGAAUUCACGCAGAAAAGGCUGACAAUGCAAGCACGAGCGAGGAAAUUACGACCUAGCGACACUUGGAAAUUAUUUCGUCUUGAUUAUUCAAGAUUUUUUAAAGUUGAGCUGAGUAUAUAUGCCGAUAUUAGCAAGUAUAUAUAUGCCACUAUAUAUACGCGACUAUGUAUAUAGGGAAGUAUAUAAGCGAGCAUAUAUGCAGUUAUAUGGGCGAGUGAAACAAGUAUAAUUGCGAGUUUUUAAAAUUUUUGAAUGUUGGUUUGAUUGGAGACACUGCCAUAACUUCGUUUCCAGGACACUUCCGGUUUUUUUCGCGUUUAAAGCUCAAGCGUAAACAAUUUUUUGAUUUUUUUUACUGGGUUUUUCUUAUUCUUUUUGUUAACGAUUCCUUCUAUUUUUGCGCGUGCCAACCUAGCUUCCUCAUUCUGUAGAAACUCGUAAAUAUGUUCGAAUUUUAACGGACCAUGUUGUAUGGUACCAUCGUGUUAUGUAUUAACAAACUGGAUUUUUUUUACAUGCUUACUUUGUUUUCAAUAUGGUGCUGGUUGCAAUACCAUAUAUGGAAGUCGCUAUGACGUCAGAUAUGGUACAAAUGUAUAUAGUUUCUGAUGUUCCAAAUGUGAAUAGAUUUCAGCCUUUAUUUUA